AAAAAAAAAAAGCUUCUUACUCUCUUCAUUUAUGAUUUCCCCAAUGGAAAAAAGUUUAGAGUCACCUUCAACAACAACUUCACCUAGUGGUUGGAAGAUCAAAAUUAGGCCUCAAUCAGAUACAACUAGUUCUCAUAUUCCUGCUACUCCUCCUAUGGAAAGUGAUGGUGCAUUCAAUCAAAAAUUAGAUCUAUGGGCUCAAACAACUACUUUUCAAAAUAUGGCCACUCAUAUUUGUCAUGACGUACAAAAAGAUAUGAAUCGACGACGCCAAAAUCGACCUUCUCCCAACAAUACUCCAAUCAAACCUAUCAAUGAUAACUCAACCACUCGACAAUACUCGCUUAGUGAUCUGGAUUCUUUUAUCUUUGAAAAGUCUUCUAUUCUUGGAGAAAAAGAAUAUCAAGCUUGGGUACAAAGUAGCAAAGAUACCCACCAUCCUCAUCAAUGGCUCAAAUUGGCAAGUCUAUUCCAUAUCCAUCCGAAAACUGCUCAUCAACGUUCUUUACUUUUCCCAGCCACUUUGGAAGCUGCAAGAAUGGAUCGUCAAGUCUCAACUGAAGUCAACCGAAAACAAUUGGAAAACUAUUUGGACAUUCGUCGUUCUCAAAAUAGAACAUAUGCCGAGAAUGCAGUGGCUGAAGGUGUGAAACUAUAUGAAGAUAAAAUGAUAAAGGAAGCAUUGGAUUAUUAUAAACGUGGUCUGGAUAUGGACCCACAAUAUGCUGAAGGUUGGUACCGUGUAGCUGAAAGUCUUUUACAACAAAAACGAACGGAUGAUGCUAUCACACAACUCAAACGAGCUAUUCGAAUUGAUCCUACUCACGAAAACGCAAAGUCAUUACUAUGUACUCUGGAAAAUACAACUAAAUAUACCAACGACAAGAAACGGUCAUCCAAGGAAAUCUUAGCAAAGUCAACUACGGCAAAGGAAUCACAUUCAUCAACUGAUCGAAAACAUUCCAGAAAAGAAGAGGAGGAACACUCAUCAAGGCAUAAUAAAGACGACAGUGAAAGACGGCAUCGACCAACAAAACGACGGCGAAGAUCAUCAUCACCAGUGGAGAGAAAACGAGUACGUAAAGUAAUCUCACCUUCUAGAGAAAAUGCCGACCAUAACGAUUUAACCCCAUCUUCAUCAUCAUCACCAACGCCUAAGUCACCAAGAAUAACAGACGAUCAUGCUUCAAAAACAACAAAAGAACGACAUGGCAGUAGACAUCGUCAUCGAGACGAUAGACAUAGCUAUCGACAUUCUGACAGUAGUAGUAGGAGUGACAGACAUCGGCAUUCGCAUCACAAAUCAUCAUCAUCAUCAGCACGCCAUAAGGACGAUAAAAACGAAUCAUCAUCACAUCGUAGUAGGAAACAUCAUAGAUCAUCAUCAAGAGAUAGGUCAUCAAGAGAUAGAUCAUCAAGGCAUCGACAUGAACGACAUCAUAAGGAAAGAUCAAGUAGGAAGACGAAUGAUAAACGAGAUGAUGAAGAUAUUCGGAGUAAAUCUCAUAGAACAACAUCAAGAAAAACCGAUGCUCAUUAGGAUUUAGUUAUUAUACAUAGUAUUUUAGUUGAUCAAUAAAGAUAAGAUACCUUUUUUUUGAAUCUUUUUUUUUUUAUUAUUAUUA